UCGGGUCAGUUCUAGUUAGUACUCCAUUCGGUAAACUCGUUGUUGGGACCGGUCUCGCGCGCGUUUUCUUCGGUAGCAUUUUUUACUGUGCUCCCCCCCUUCGCCAUAUACUCACAUCGCGCCGCGUGACAGUGUGAGUGCGUGUGUAUGCGCGGCACUUGUUUGACAACAAGGCGUCCUUGUGACGGUGUGUCUUUGCUGGUCGAACAUGAAGAACAAGGCGCGCGAGUGGGAGCUGUAGGUGUAGGAGGAUGCAGUGCAACGGCAUCGUGGACCCUUUCCAGGGGAAGAAUCUCCGUCGCCGCCGUCGCGUCAUAUAGAUAGAUAGAGAGGAGGAAUAUGAGUGCGAAUCUGCAGGACGGGCCAGGGUUUGACAGUUUUUUCACCCACCGGCAUGCGGGUGUGUGCUGAGCAACAACACUGGUGCACAUGCGUGCACAACAGCUCUAUUGUGUUUCGACUGCCUUCCUAGCAGCGGGCAGCAGCAGCAGUGCUUACUCGGAUCUGUGUGCGUGUUCUAGUGUGGGUGCGAAGGAUUCCUUCAUCCCCGUUCGUUUUGAGGUGAAGGAAAAAGAAAUGCAAUUAAAACAAAGUGGAUUCCGAUUUCGAUUUUGGGAUUCGAAUGCCCGUCAGCAUAGUGAAGUUUGACGGGGAAUUUGUUUUUUUCGGUCAAUAAGUCAAUUACUGUGAGCAAGAAAUAACUUCGAUCUGGUUCGAAACAGGCACCAAUACUAGCGAAUCGCUUUUCGGAACAGGAAAAUAAUCGAUAACUCGGAUGUUUUGGUUGAGAAUCGCGACGGAGAGGUGUUAGAGCUGUUUGCCAACAGAUCCAGCUGAAGCAACACAAUUGUUACGACGAUAUUAACAGUGUGCGAUUAUCGUGAGGAAAAAAUCAAGAGAUGUGCAAUCAGUGACAUUGAUGGGUCAUCAGGCGCUUGAUGGUCGGGAAAAGCCGUAAAAGGAUCCAUAGUAAGGGAGCCGGUUGAGUGAUCGGUGCCUGAGAAAAAAAAUCGUUGCGAAUCAUCUCAACGAAGGUGAAAUUGUUUAUAUUUACGUCAGCCCGGUUACCGAAGAGUGCCUGCAAUUAAAGUGAAAUUAUUGCAUUUUUCCAACCUAAGUGUUGUGCAUCCGCGAACCGUGAUGAAUGGCCAAUUCCGGUGAAUUGUGUUUGAUUUAAUCAAACUGUCAAGUGGGAAUCACUGACCCGUGUGUGUGUUUGAAGUGUAAAUCCGUGUAUGACAAGCUGCAGUUGUAGUCCCCCCCCCCCCCAGAGAGUUAAGAGGGUGAUAUUUUGAAGAUAACGCGAAUACUUUUUUGACAGGUGCGACAGUUGGACAGCUAAAGGGAUUACGCGAAUUAUCGCGAUCAAAAAUCGAACGGACUGGAAAAGUAAUCCCCCGCCUCGCACCCAUCAUUGGGAAGUGGUUUAUACUGAAUCGAGAUCAACGGAUUGGUGGCAUAUAAAAAACAGACUUGUUCGCCUGUGUGAAGGCUAUCGCACAACAUCUCAGCAUCAGCAGCAAGAAGAACGAAAUUCGGUUAUCUCGCGCAGCUCGAGUUCACGGAAAAGCCCAAAGCUGGGCGCGAUUGAUUUGUGCGAACUCAAUGCCACCCUACACCGAAGAGCAGAGAAAAAAGUGUGCUUGCCAUAAAGUGCCGAAGAAAAGCGAGUGAGUGAGGAUCGUGAGGGAGUUUCAAUUUACGACCGCCGCCAGCGCGAGUUGAGGUUGUGUUGAGAUUAAGAUUAGAGUGGGCCGCAAGAUUGGUGAAAAUUGAAUCGCGCUUUGGAUUUGCAAAUCGGGACCGCCCGGAGUGAUUGCGGAAUGGAUACCGGUAUGACCUUCGACGAUGAACCACCACCCGAGCCGAGGGACGGCUGGCUGCUGGUGCGGAUUUUCGUGCCGGAGCUGAACGUCUACAAGUGUCUCCAGUUUCCCUCCGAUAAGGUCGUGUGGGACGUCAAGCAGCAGUGUCUGGCUUCACUGCCCAAGGUUGUCUUCUGGUUCAUGGAAUUGAAGGAAAGCUUCAACUAUGGACUGUUCUGUCCCCCGUCCAAUGGGAAGGCAGGAAAAUUCCUCGACGAGGAGCGAAGGCUAGGCGAUUAUCCCUUCAAUGGGCCCGUUGGUUAUCUUGAGCUCAAGUACAAGCGCCGGGUAUACAAGAUGCUAAAUCUGGACGAGCGCCAGCUGAAGGCACUGCACACACGAGCCAACCUGAGGCGCUUUCUGGAGUGCAUCAACGGUGGACACGUGGAGAAGGUGGCCAAGAUGUGUGCCAAAGGGCUCGAUCCGAACUUCCACUGUCAGGAGACGGGCGAAACGCCGCUCACGAUCGCCACCGGAACGAGAAAACCGAACAAGCUGCUGAUCGCGCUGGUCAACGGAGGCGCCCUGCUCGACUACCGGACGCGGGACGGGGCGACCGCGCUGCACCGGGCCGUCGAGCGGGACAGCCUCGAGGCGGUUAGCACCCUGCUGGAACUGGGCGCAUCGCCAAAUUACCGCGACACAAAGGGCCUAACACCGGUCUACCUCUCGGUUACGCGCAAAACCGAUCCGAAAAUCUGCGAAAUUCUGCUUCACGAUCACGCAACCCUCGGCAUUCAGGACAGCCAGGGAUGGCAGGAAGUGCACCAGGCUUGUCGGAACGGGUUAGUGCAUCACCUAGAGCACCUGCUGUUCUACGGUGCGGAUAUGGAUGGUCAGAACGCUUCCGGCAAUACGCCGCUGCAUGUUUGCGCUGUUAACAAUCAGGAGGCUUGCGCUAGAAUGCUUCUCUUUCGCGGUUCCAACCGGGGCGCUCUAAACUAUGCCAAUCAGACACCGUACCAGGUCGCCGUCAUCGCUGGCAAUUUGGAACUGGCUGAGAUGAUACAGAACUACAAGAGCGAAGAUAUCGUCCCGUUCCGGGGUCCGCCUCGAUACAACCCGCGACGCCGCUCCGGGCUUGGCUGGGGCUCGACGCUGUCACGCAUUUACGGCGGUCCGCCGUCUCCCUGUCCGUCCGAACAUCCCUUCAGCUCGGCCAGCUCCAGCCUUUCCGAGGGAUCGUCCAGCCAUCGGAGCCACGAGGAUGACAUCAGCAUCGUUACCGACAAAAGCCUCGGCGACACGAGCGACAUCAUCAGCGAUUCGUCCGGUGUCGGAACCAAUUCGGACAGUGCAGCCUGCUCGAUUGGCCAUCCCAGUACGACCGUGGUCUGCAUGGAAGGUUACGAUGCUGGGCUUUCCGGUCACAUUCACAUCCAGCCGGGUGACGUUAUCGAAGUGGUUGGUUCGACGGACUGUGGCCUGCUGGAAGGAUUCGUACGGGGAACGAACAAAACUGGCUUUUUCCCAGCACAUUGCGUUCAGGAGGUUCAGUUUCGUCAGAAAAGCAUUAUUAAUGUUUCCACUUCGACGCCGCAUCAUCUCUACGUGAUCAACACUAGCAGUAACGAGAUCCUGGAACAGCAACAACAGCAGCAGCAGCAGCAACAACAAUCACAACAAUACAAUAGCUCAACCGCUCCUAGAAUGAAAAAGGCGGUUAUCGGUGAGGCUCGCAACGUCGUUCUUCAUCGAGCAAAGCGAGGUUUCGGAUUUAUUCUGCGUGGUGCCAAAGCAUCCUCCCCACUGAUGCAGCUCAAACCCUCUCCCCGCUGCCCAGCGCUUCAGUAUCUAGAUGAUGUGGAUCCGGGUGGCGUGGCUGAUAUGGCCGGCCUUAAGCCGGGCGAUUUUCUACUUGCCAUUAACAACGAAGACGUCACGUGUGCCUCGCACGAGCACGUGGUGGAUCUGAUUCGUAACUCCGGCUCGCUGGUUUCGAUGACGGUUAUCACGCUACCGCAGAACUUGGUCAAUUCAAUGAUGGAAAGUGCGGUCAGUGCCAGCGGUGACAUGAGCCAGCACUCCGGUUCCGGUAUGAGUACUCCGGUAUCAUCCCGCCAGUGUUCCACACUGCCACGUCGUAUGAACGGAGGGCCGGCGAGUUUGGCUGGCUGCAAACUACCUGCACCGAUGCCGCCACGCAGAGAUCCAAAGACAACCCUUAGCGUAGGGAGAGCACGUGCCAAAUCGAUGGUUGCCGGAUUGGAGGGUGGAGGCGAGAAAGAUGAUGAUGAUCUUGCCAACCAAACUAAAUCCACAUCGGCCGAAUCACUUCACCAGCAGUCACAGUCGGCCAUUAGUACACCUACCCAAGGUGGUCCGGGUACUCCGAUACAACCCAGAACAGCGAGCAUCAAGGCACGUCCAACUUCUAGUCGAAUCACGGCCGCUGAGUUGGAAGAACUGUUUCAACGACAACAGGGUGCCGAUGCGAACCGUUGCUCAAUGCUUAUGACAAGUUCCCGUUUCCAGUCCGGCUUUGACAGUGGUGCGGCAACGCCUCCCACCUCCCCCCAGAAAGGACCAAUCGUAUAUGCUAGUGUGGCGGAAAUGAAACGCAAAAAGUCAUCCAAAACCGGUACGAUGAAGGGACGCCCCAUUCCAAUUCCGCAGGUCGUGUCCGAUUUGAAGCGCACCUUCCACAGCACACCGGAUCUUGCUUCUACCGGUACUAUUUCAGCUGCCGGCAGUGCCGGAACACUAACUCCCUCGGCCAGUUGGUACAAUACUGUUGGCCACAAGGGCCACCGAUCUCAAGACGACGUCCACAGUUUACAUAUGUCACUGCAAAGACUGAAUCUCCCACCACCAAACCACCCUCCACCGCCACCUCCAGUUGGACAAGUAGUGAAGGUGGAAAUUUCUCGAGGAACCGAAUACGAGUGUCUCACCGCCCUGCAGAAACACAUCCAGCAGAGAGCCAAACAACAAUCCAAGAUUCAGGAUUCGGAAAUUAUGUCCAGUUUCAAACCCGCCUCCAAUGCCAAACUUUACGCUUCACCCCAAGACAUCCGCAAUGUCGGAUAUCGAACGGCAAGUGUUGCCUCCAGCAGCAGUGGUAAUAGCAGCAGCGGAAACAGCAGUACAGGAACCGAGGUCCGCAAAACAUCAUCGCUCCGUUCCAACUCAAACGGUGCAACGACGAUGACCACGACGACAACCAAUGUAGUUAACGUAACCACCGUCACCAUUGGUGGUGCCAGCAAUGCAUACGCCCAACCUAGCCGGCCAGCGGCGAUGCAACAGAUGGCACAACCUCAAACUCAGCAGCAACAGCAGCAGUACAAAUCCCCACCACAUAGUGCACCACCAUUACCCGAUCCGGAUUACAGUCUAAGCGAGUCGGAUACCGAGGAAGACAACUCGGUCCGGUUGGUGCGUAAGAAAGUGAACGGAAGUGCCGCACCGGAUCAUAACGGCGGAUCCGGUAAAACCGUCGGUAGUGUUAUGACGAGUAACGGUGGAAGCGCUGUUAAUCCGGGCAUGGCCGCUGAAACAAGCGGAAACAGCAACACCAGUGGCAGCAGUUCCGGCUCCAGUUCAAUUCCGCACUCCUUCUCGGUGGAGGAGAUUCAGAAGAUCCGCACUAAACUCAAGUCAUCCAAAUCCUACCCGAAUGAUUUUCUGCGACAGCAAAAUCAGAAUGCUCAAAAUGAACAGGCUGGCAUGAAUAACGAGGACAACGGUGACAACAGCUCCUCGGGAGUAAGUAGCGAUCAGGAGGUCACGGUCACUUGCAAUGAGAUACCGCCCCCUAAACCAGCUACGUUAUCUCUCGAUCCCAAAAAGGUCGGUUCGCUACUGGAACAGAAGAAGAUGGCCGUGAUGAUCACGGCGACGGUACCGCUAGUACGCAGUGACGAGGAUGAUGACGAUCAAAGCCCCAGUCCGCCAGCUGUCGGAUUCCAGCGGCACAAUUCACUAACCCGCAAACAGGCAGCAACGAUUGCGGCUAACCGGGCAAAGGCCAACCAGCAGAACAUUCAACACAGACAUGCCGUUACCCUGGCCACACUUCCGCCACCGAUUGAAGCCGACUCGGAUGAGACCGAUUCAUGUGCGCUACCGGUUGAUGGUUCCGAAGGUGAUGGAUCGGUGAUGGUACUUCCACCACCAGCCGAAUUCAGUGAUUCGAUUAGUGGUGGUCAUCCUCAACAUCACCAUCAUCAUCACCAGCACCAGCAUCAGCACUAUCCGGCUGGAUUGAUCGGUGGUCACAAUCCUAACUGCAAACGGGUUCGAAUAGUUGGCGCUGUCCCCAAGGUCAAUCGAUUGAAUAGCCAGUAGGCGAAUGACAAAAAUCCUCUAGAUAGACACGAAUAUACUAGUUGCAACCGGCACCCACUCACAUCAGCGCAUUUUACGGUAUCGAUAAGAAUUCAACUUUUCUGGCCUAUAUUUGGAUCUUCGAAAAGCUUAUUCGUGUAGCAAAAAAAAAAUGGGAGCGAGUGAAAUUUAGUAACAAGCACAUUAAAACUAGAUAAAUUACGCUCAAACGGUUGCCUGGAUUAAUGUUGCAGAACUUGUCAACUGCAACUCGUUUAAACAUCUAGAUCGUGCAAUAUCAAACCCGAUACGUCGAUGAAAGCUCAAAUCUGUUAAGUGAAGCGUCUCUCCCCAUAAGUAGCCAAAAAUAAUUCAAUCGGUGUAAAACAAUCGUUUCCCUACGUUUUAACUGUAUUCCAUUUUUAUGUGUUUUAAUAGCGCGCAAAACGUUCUUUCAAGUUGUUCAUGGAAGCACCAGGAGAACAAUUUGAGAAUUCGUUUUCAUCUGCGCUUUCGUGUUGCACGGUGUACUUUUAAGUUUAUUACUAAGUGUAAAUGGUUUUUCUUUUCAUUCUUGUUUAUCUAGAACAAGUAUUCAGAAUAAAGCACCUGGUUGUAGACUGUUGUAACAGACUUAAUACCGCACGUUAGCCGAAUUUGGUUUUCUUCUUGUAAAUUUCUCAAUGUAUAUCAUCCACAUCUCUAUAAACACCUGUGCAUAUGAAUCGUUUCGAACUUUCUGUCUUUAAUUAAUUACAUUAAUUAACAAGUCAACAGAACAGUAGCUGAGAUAAGAUUCCACAAAUUGUAUGAAAAAAACAAACCACGGAGGGAAGGAGAUAGAUUUUUAAAAGUAUCCACUAGUUAUAUCACUGUUGUACAAUUUCUUACCCCUGCACCGACCUGGUAGAUUCGUUUGUAAGAUUUCCAUACUGCAGAGCAAAUAUGAGGAAUAUGGUUAAAAGACACUUUUUGUUGCCCCCCAGUACUACACUUUUUAAUUACAUAAAGAAAAGCAAAAUUCAUCGCGUAUAACAUGGAGUCGUAAUUAAAUUAAAGUUGAUGGAGUUUUAGACCACUAUAAGACAAUUAUUAUUAUCUCAUCGUGUAAGCAGCAAAGAAAGGUCAUAAUAACCCAAACCAAUGGCCAUUCAGCGUGAUUUGUAUGAAAAGAAGCGAAAUUUUACUAUUAAAUAUAACACAAAGAUUCAUACAUGCAUAUAUACUAUAGCAAACAAAACGAAUAGAAAUCUGUCCGGAAACAAGUAAAGCAAGCAGAAGAAUACACUUAGGCUAAAAUUUUAAACGCAAACGACCCCAAACAGUUAUCAACCACAAUUUGAAAUCUCAUCAGUCCACGCAGCGUGGGAACACGUACACAAACAUGCACACCCACACAAACAGCCACACAUUCAAGAAGCAACGCAAUGCAAUAGCCUUUAGACAAGCGAACGAAAUGAACGAUAUAAACUAGAAACACAAACAGUAGUAAACGCAUCGUAAUAACAAUAGUGCAUUUUUUGUCAGCAUAUUACCGACCAUUGAAAAAAAAACUCAAGCAACCUAAUCUGAACCAUAUAAAUACCACAAUAAAAUAAAGCAGCCAGAAGGAAAAAAAAACACGUCGUCGCCUCCCGUGUCCUUUGUAUUAGAGACGGGGGCAUUGCUAAUAAAGUAAAACAAAAAUAAGCAAAAAAUCUUGAUCCCGAUAGUAUCUUCAGCAUGAUCAAUAUGAUAUUAAAGUAACUGCUAAACUACAUAUAGUAAUUAUAAUAAAA